AUGGCCAAGCUCCUGAGCAUGGCUACUUUCGUGAGGCUCCUGGUGGCCGAAGCCGAGAGAAGGGUCUCUUUGUUGUUCAAAGCGGAGGAGGCCCAGGAAGUCCCCAGUUUUUUCCUGGACAAGCCCCAGACGGAGAAAUUUCUGGAGGAAGGAGAGGUGGGCGGCUUGCGGUAUGGCCUGGGCUCCAUGCAAGGCUGGCGGGCGCACAUGGAAGACGCCCACACCGCUCAGCCCCAGCUGCCCGGAGCCCUGGCCGGCUGGGCCUUCUUUGCCGUGUACGACGGGCACGCGGGCAGCACGGUGGCUCAGUUCUGCGCCAGGCACUUGCUCGGGCAUGUGCUGGAGGCCGAGGCCCUGUCUGGCCAGGAGGAGGACCCUGCAGCUGUCAAGGAGGCCGUGCGCGAGGCCUUCCUGGCCAUCGACAGGCGCAUGCAGGACCUGUCGCAGGCGGAGGCCUGGGAGCACGCCGGCACCACUGCCGUGGCCGUGCUGGUGUCGCCCCGGCACCUCUACUUCAUCAACCUGGGCGACUCGAGGGCCCUCCUCUGCCGCUCGGCCGCCGUCACCUUCUACACCGACGACCACAAGCCCACCAAGCCGAGGGAGCGGCGGCGCAUCGAGAACGCCGGCGGCACGGUGGUGCUGCAGAGGGUCAACGGGUCGCUGGCCGUCUCCCGGGCCCUGGGCGACUUCGGCUACAAGGCCGUGUCUUGGCGUGGCCCCACCGAGCAGCCGGUGUCCCCCGAGCCCGAGGUGUACCAGCUGGAGCGCUGCCCCGACGAAGACGAGUUCCUGGUGCUGGCCUGCGACGGGGUUUGGGACACCUUUGACAACGCGGGGCUGUGCGCCUUCGUGCGCUCGCGACUCUGCCUCACCGGCAGCCCGCGGGACGUCUGCGAGUGCGUGCUGGACUCCUGCCUCUACAAGGUGAGGGAGGAGGAUAAAGACAGGGGGCUCUCACUUAGAAUCAUAGAAUUGUAGAGAUGGAAGGGGCACCCAGGGGUCAUCUAUUCCAAACCCCCGCAAUGCAGGGAUCUCAGCUGAAGCAUCCAUGACAGGUGACCAUCCAACCUCUGCUUCAAAACCUUCCCAGGGGCUUUCAGUAUCGUGGAAAUUGCGGCCAACUAGAUUUCUAGAAGGGAAUCGGGUGGUGCUGUGGGUUAAACUGCGACGGGGUGAGCUCCCGUUGCUCGGUCCCUGCUCCUGCCAACCUAGCAGUUCGAAAGCACAUCAAAGUGCAAGGAGAUAAAUAGGUACCACUCUGGCGGGAAGGUAAACAGCGUUUCCGUGCGCUGCUCUGGUUUGCCAGAAGCGGCUCAGUCAUGCUGGCCACAUGACCUGGAAGCUGUACGCCGGCUCCCUCGGCCAGUAAAGCGAGAUGAGCGCCGCAAACCCAGAGUCGGCCGCGACUGGACCUAACAGUCCCUUUACCUUUACCUUUAGAUUUCUAGAUGUCUCAGAUUAUUGAGAUUGAGGCCUAUAGGAAGGAAGUUGAGCAGUUGAGGGAGUGAUGCAGGAAAAACAACUUACUCCUUAACUUAAAGAAAACAAAAAAGAUUAUUGUGGACUUUAGGAAACGUAAAUUAAAUAUUUAGCCACUCAUUAUUGAGGGGAAGUGUGUGGAACAGUACUCGGUGUUUCAGUUUCUGGGAAUGGAGUUGAGAGAUGACCUAACCUGGGGAGAAAACAGUAAAGACCCGAUGAAGAGAGCACAGCAGAGGUUAUAUUUUCUGAGAAUCCUCUGGAAAAAUAAUCUCUCAAAGGACCUGUUGAUGGCAUUUUACCAUUGUACUGUGGAGAGCGUACUAACUUAUGGUCUCUGUGUGUGGUUUGGGAGCUGCACGGUCAGGGAAAAAACAAUGCUGUCCAGGGUUGUAAAGACUGCAGAGAGAAUAAUUGGGUGCACUCUUCCCACCUUGGAUCAAAUCUACGCUUCCAGGUGCCAUAAGAAAGCUGCAGAGAUAGCGCAGGAUAGUGCACACCCAGGAAAUGAUCUCUUUCAGCUUCUGCCUUCUGGAAGAAGGUCCAGGGUUAUAAAGACUAGGACUAGCCGCCUGAGAAUAAAGAUUAUCGUAUCGUAUCGAUUCUUGCAUUGAAGGGGGUUGGACUACUUAGCCCUCGGGGUCCUUUCCAGCAAUACAAUUCUUUGAUUCUAAUGACAGUGUUGGAAGGGGCACCCAGUGCCCAUCUAGUCCAAACCCCCCCCAUUAUUAUUGAUGCCUUUGCAAAACACAGAAUAAAUAAAACUCAUUACACGGUUAAAAUAAUUAUUAAAACCAGACAAGCGUUUGCUCUCCUGAAAAAAAUGUAACUUACCAUCCCUUACAAAUGUUUCUGCGGUGGUGAUAACGCCAGGGCUGCAGGUUCGAACCCUGUAUGGGACAACAUUUCAGGGGGUUGGACUAGAUGAUGUUCAGGGCCCCCUUCCCACUCUACAUUUCUGUGAUUCUACGAGUCCUUAAAAUUGCCAUUUUAAAGGCAAAACAGGCCUCUUUCUCAGAGGUGUAUGGAGACCUGUCCCUUAAUAAAAAGUUGGCUAUCCAAUUGACCUCCCAGCUGGGAGAUGUAAAUCAUUGAACAAGGCUGCUCCUAAGUUUUCGUAGUUUGAGCAAACCAGUAAGUGGGGUAAAUCAUACGGCAUGCUAUCUCCAAAUGGGAGGACUCUGGAAUCCAGAAAUAGCAUCCUUCAGCUAGGGCAAGUUGCAUAGAAAGGAACCGCAGAACUUGCAAAUGCUUUUCCUCAUUCCCUGGCAAGAAUGCAGGGAUCACAGCUAAUGCAACCCUGACGGCCUUCCAAUCUCUGCUUAAAAAGCUCCAACGAUGGAGAUCCCUCUGCCUUCUGAGGGAAUCCAUUCCACUGUCAAACAGCUCUUGCAGCCCAAAGGUUCAUCCCAAAAUAGCGACAGGAGGUGCGUCUUUUUAGAACCCACCUUAUUUUGACAAUGGCAGGGUGUUCUAAAUUCUGUUUAAUAUUGUGAUUUGAUCUCAUAACCCACCCUGGGACCUGAGGGGGAAGGGCGAGUAACCGCGGAAAUGUUGUUGUUGUUGUUGUUUAGUCAUUUAGUCAUGUCCACCUCUUCGUGACCCCCUGGACCAGAGCACGCCAGGCACUCCUGUCUUCCACUGCCUCCCGCAGUUUGGUCAAACUCAUGCUGGUAGCUUCGAGAACACUGUCCCACCAUCUCGUCCUCCGUCGUCCCCUUCUCCUUGUGCCCUCCAUCUUUCCCAGCAUCAGGGUCUUUUCCAGGAGUCUUCUCUUCUCAUGAGGUGGCCAAAGUAUUGGAGCCUCAGCUUCAGGAUCUGUCCUUCCAGUGAGCACUCAGGGCUGAUUUCCUUCAGAAUGGAGAGGUUUGAUCUUCUUGCAGUCCAUGGGACUCUCAAGAGUCUCCUCCAGCACCAGAAUUCAAAAGCAUCCAUUCUUCAGCGAUCAGCCUUCUUUAUGGUCCAGCUCUCACUUCCAUACAUCACUACUGGGAAAACCAGAGCUUGAACUAUACGGACCUUUGUUGGCAAGGUGUUGUCUCUGCUUUUUAAGAUGCUGUCUAGGUUUGUCAUUGCUUUUCUCCCAAGAAGCAGGCGUCUUUUAAUUUCGUGACUGCUGUCACCAUCUGCAGUGAUCAUGGAGCCCAAGAAAGUAAAAUCUCUCACUGCCUCCAUUUCAUAGAAUUACAGAGUGGGAAGGGAACCCCAGGGAUCAUCCAGUCCAACCCCCUGCAAUGCAGGAAUCGCAACUCCUUGAAAGGAAAGGAAAAACUACUCCCCUUCCCCAGAAUGAAAAUUAAAGUAUUAAGCAGGCUGAAGAAAUAAUAAUAAUAUAAAAAUUAUUAUAUUAUAUUAUAUUAUAUUAUAUUAUAUUAUAUUAUAAUAAAGAAAUAAUAAUAAUAAUAAUAAUAUAUUAUUUAUACCCCGCCCAUCUGGGUGUUAAACCAACCAACCCAAGUUUAGAGGAACCUGCGAUCUACCUGGCUUAACUGGAUCUGUGGGACUUUCUACAUUCAGUUUUAAGAUUUUUGUUGCCCUGUGGGAACCUUUUCCUUCUCCUGCUGGGCAUUUAUCUCCAUUCCUGGGCCCAGCCAUGAUUAACACACAUCAGCCUCCUCCCCCAAGGGCUUAAGGAAGCAGCUGCCAACUGAGGGCACUGGAGGUCCAGGAUUAGCGAAGCAGGACAGUGGAGCAUCAAGAAGUCGUUUAGGAGGAGCAAGAAAGGUGAGUUUCCAGAAGAGUUUGUUAAGGAGCUGCGGUCCGUAGAGCAUCUUGAAGGAGGUUCAAGCAGCAGGUGAGGGGAACAGGUGUCCCUCCGAAUUUCACUGGGCUCCAGGGAACUGUCCUGCCCCUGCUUUAAAGAUAACGGAAAAGAUAAGCUAUAGAAUCUCAUAAUUGUAAAGUUAGGAGGGUCCUCCAAAGGUCAUCCAGUCCAACCCCUGCAAUGCAGGAGUCACAGUUCCACAGGCAGGGCGUUCCACAGGGCGGGUGCCACUACCAAGAAGUCCCUCUGCCUGGUUCCCUGUAGCUUGGCUUCUCGCAGCAAGGGAACUGCCAGAAGGCCCUCGGCGCUGGACCUCAGCGUUCGGGCAGACCGAUGGGGGUGGAGACGCUCCUUCAGGUAUACUGGACCGAAGCCGUUUAGGGCUUGAAAGGUCAGCACCAACACUGAUGCUAUUAAAAAUGCUAUUAAAAAAGCUGCACAUUCUCACUUUCUUUGCACCAUGCAUAACUGCGCACACCUCUAACAUGCUGUCUGCACCCCCAAAAUACGUGCCCUUUUUCUCUGCUAAAAAACCCUCCAGAUAUUGCAACUUUUCCUCCUCUAAGGAGUCAAAGCAUUGCCUGUAAACGGACUGGGCUGGCUCUGUCUCGUGCAUCUGGGAGGAAGGAAACGGAUUUGGGCCUUGAGAUGUUUGUCCAGGGAGAAUAAGGUUAUCCAGGUUGAAGGAGAUGGUUGUCACCCUUGCAAAACAAUUGCUUUGCUAAGCAGGUGGGAGGACACAAUCCUCAGACCACUCUACGCCAUAGCUGUCAAGCGCCCCUUAUUUGGCAGGACAGUCCCUUAUCCCAGCGCCAUGUCCCGCUGCUGUCCCUUAUUGAUGAGGCUCCGUUUGGCUGCUGGCUGGGCUUUCUGCCUUUGGCUCGGAGGGGCUCAGAAGUUGAACAUACCUGUGCCCCUUGGAAAAUCCCUUAUUUUGGCUGCUGAUCCCUUAUUUUCGAGGCUGCUGGUCCCUUAUUUUCAAAUCUGUAAGUUGACAGGUAUGCUCUACGCUCUCCCUGCAGGGCAGCCGUGACAACAUGACCUGCAUCGUGGUCUGCUUCCCAGCUGCCCCGGGCGUCUCCCAGGAGGCCUUGCAGAAGGAGCAGGAGCUGGACGCUUCUCUGGAGAAGAGGGUGGCAGGUGCGUAUGCCGUUGGCGCUGUGAUGGAGCGAGGCCUGGGAGGCCUCGUUGGCCGCUGGCAAAAGGGAGGAGUGGGAUUUUGAGAACGGGGAGGAAAAAUAACAGAAGGCAAAGUAGUGCUGUGAGGUUUUUUUUGGGGGGUCAGUUUGGAUGAUGCCCUGGGUCCCUUCCAGUUCUUAGGGUCCGGUACCCACGUGAGGGUUAGAAUCUAACAGAGGAUUCUGUGGGUGAGCUACUCAGACAGGUUCCUUUGCACAACAAUGAGCUAAAGCAUGGGUAGGCAAACUAAGGCCCGGGGGCAGGAUCCGGCCCAAUCGCCUUCUAAAUCCAGCCCGCAGACAGUCCGGGAAUCAGCGUGUUUUUACAUGAGUAGAACGUGUCCUUUUAUUUAAAAUGCAUCUCUGGGUUAUUUGUGGGGCCUGCCUGGUGUUUUUACAUCAGUAGAAUGUGUGCUUUUAUUUAUAAUGCAUCUCUGGGUUAUUUGUGGGGCACAGGAAUUUGUUCAUUUCCCCCCCCCCAAAAAAUAGUCUGGCCCCCCACACGGUCUGAGGGACGGUGGACUGGCCCAUGGCUGAAAAAGGUUGCUGGCCCCUGACAUAGUCCAUCACAGGAGUCAGCAAACUUUUUCACCAAUUGCCUUCAAUAUUUGAGCUCAUGCAGAUAGUCUAGGAAUUCAGUCAUGUUUUUACAUUUGAGUUAUGAAUGUGUCCUUUUUAUUGAGUAAAAGUGGCGAAUAAAACUAACUAGGAAGUUGGAGUCUUGUAGGAGGACAUAGGAAUAUAGCAAAUGUUCGAAUUUCCGAUCUCCCCCAAAAAAUAGUCUGGCCCCCCACAAGGUCUGAGGGACAGUGGCCCGGCCCCCUGCUGGAAAAGUUUGUUGACCCCUGAGCUAAAGCGUCCUCAUCCGCAUCCCAAAAGGAUAAGCUAGGUUGCAAGAGUUGCAAGGCCCCCCCCCCCCCGGAUAACGGGUGGGACUGUCCUUCAGCUCCCUCACCUAUCUGAACAAUAGCCAGUGCUUUGAGCUGUGAGCUGAGCUGGAAGGAGGCUGGAAGCUGGAGACACAGAGUCUUGCUUGCUCUGUGCUGGAUCCAAAGACUAAUGGAGACACAAGAUCUGUAGGGCUGCGAAUGCCAUGAGCCCUCCAGACUAGACUCAGGUUAUUCAUAUGGAUAAAUGAAACCAUAUAUACUAAAGACACCACAGUUUCCGCUGUCCUUUCUGCCAAGGUGAAAUAUACUCAGAGUCGAUUUCAUGCUCUUUAUUCAGCUCAUAGUGGUGAGGAGGAAUGCAAGUUCCCCCAGAAUGUCUGCUUUAUAUACAUUAUUUACACAAUGGGCUCCAUGUGAUUGGCUAAUUCCAGGAUUCUCCUGUAGGCCAAUCAGGUUGCAGAUUCACUUCCACCUGGAGCUGGAUUGGGUGGCUCCUGUGGACCAAUCAGACUGCUGCAUUCUGAAUCCUAUUGAUCUAGGACCAAUCAGACUGCUGCAUUCUGAGUCCUAUUGUUCUAGGACCAAUCAGACUGCUGCAUUCUGAUUUCUAUUGUUCUAGGACCAAUCAAACAGCUGUGUUCUGGAUCCUAUUGUUCUAGGACCAAUCAGACUGCUGCAUUUUGGAUCCCAUUCAACUCAGUACAUAACACAAGGGCACCGUUUUGUUUGGCUUGGUGGUCUACAUGCAGUGCUAUAGAUCUGAGAAGCCGAGCUCGGAGCUUAGGCAAGAAAGAGUCUUGCAAAGUUACACAGGUCUUGCAAAGGUGCAGGUCAGGUUCUGCAAGGCUUGUGCCAAACAGCAGGUGGGGGAGCUGAGCUCUUUUGCAUAGGGCUCUGUUUUGAUCAUUCGAACUCUCGUCCUUCGGUGCCUGUUCUGCAGACUCAAAUAAAGAUAAUAAUAAUAAUAAUAAUAAUAAUAAUAAUAAAAUUAUUUAUACCUCACCCUUCCCGGUUCAGGGUGGCUAACAACAAAUUUAAAACACUUAAUUGAUGCAACAAAAAAACAGCAUAAAAUACCAUAUAAAAUGUGAAUAACAAUAAAUCAGUUUAGUGGGAAAAUCCAUCCAGUAAACAUUAGAUGAUCACCAGGGCUAGCUGGCUAAGUUAGUCCUAUUUGGGCCAGUGAGGAGACCAGGGGAGAAUUAGCUGUGGGGUCUCAGAGCGGGUGAUCUUCAUAAAAGGGGAGGGAAGAGAAGGGAAAUAAAAGAUCAGGCUGAAUUCAAAUUAAAGGCCAGGCGGAAUAGCUCUGUCUUACAGGCCCUGUGGAAGGAGGUUAAAUCCUGCAGGGCCCUGGUCUCAUGGGACAGAGCAUUCCACCAGGUCGGAGCCACCACUGAGAAGGCCCUGGCCCUGGUGGAGGAUAGUCUGACUUCCUUAGGGCCCAGGACCUCUAAACUAUGAUUAUUCAUGGACCCGUUGUGUCUGAAUGGGGAGAUGGGGACCUAGAAGUCACUCGUGGGGCAAGUAUCCGCCAUUGAGGUAAUCAGCCCCUCCACUUCUCCCACCCCACCCCAAAUCUCACCCCAGAGCUUUACGAUGAACUACUGGAACAGGAAGGGGGUCCCAAUCUCGUUUCCGUCUUCCAACGUCUGGCUACAGAGGCGAACCCUAACCUUCCCCCUGGGGGAGGCCUGGCUAGCAAGUAAGUAUGAUGAUCUCCCUCCCCAUUCCCUGGGAAUCACCCACCCCCACCCCGCUCUCAUAUCUGCAGGGGGGUCCGUUUCUUCUAAAGCACACAAAGGUGCGCUCCAGUAAGAAGGAUCACCAGCUUUCGAAACCUAAAGGAUUCCGGGCCCUGGGCCGGUGGGUGGAGCCAAGUACGGACCUGUGGGUGGAGUUUGGGGCGGGGUCCAGGUGAUGAUGAUGAUGAUGAUUUAUUGAAUUUAUAUCCAGUGGUACCUCGGGUUACAUACGCCUCAGGUUACAUACGUUUCAGCUUACAGACUCCGCUAACCCAGAAAUAGUACCUCGGGUUAAGAACUUUGCUUCAGGAUGAGAACAGAAAUUGUGCUCUGACGGCGUGGCAGCAGCGGGAGGCCCCAUUAGCUAAAGUGGUGCUUCAGGUUAAGAACAGCUUCAGGUUAAGAAUGGAUCUCCGGAAGGAAUUAAGUACUUAACCCGAGGUACCACUGUACUGCCCUAUACCCGGAGGUCUCAGGGCAGUUCACAGAAAAGAUCAACUUAAAAACCAAUAUAAAUAUAUAACCAAAAUAAAAGCAAGAACCCAAUAACCAGCUCCAUCUGGUACACAGGAUGAGACCCUUCCUGCCUGCGAACUGUCUCGCCAGAGUGGUGCAUGCUCUGGUUAUCUCCCGCUUGGACUACUGCAAUGCGCUUUAUGUGGGGCUACCUUUGAAGGUGACCCGGAAACUGCAAUUAAUCCAGAAUGCGGCAGCUAGACUGGUGACUGGGAGCGGCCGCCGAGACCACAUAACACGUCUUGAAAGACCUACAUUGGCUCCCAAUACAUUUCCGAGCACAAUUCAAAGUGUUGGUGCUGACCUUGAAAGCCGUAAAUGGCCUCGGUCCAGUAGACCUGAAGGAGCGUCUCCACCCCCAUCGUUCUGCCCGGACACUGAGGUCCAGCUCCCAGGGCCUUCUGGCGGUUCCCUCCCUGCGAGAAGCCAAGCUACAGGGAACCAGGCAGAGGGCCUUCUCGGUGGUGGCACGCACCCUGUGGAACGCCCUCCCACCAGAUGUCAAAGAGAUAAACAACUACCUGACAUUUAGAAGACAUCUGAAGGCAGCCCUGUUUAGGGAAGCUUUUAAUGUGUGACAUUUUAAAGGAAUUUUUAAUCUUUGUUGGAAGCCGCCCAGAGUGGAUGAGGAAAUCCAGCCAGAUGGGUAGGGUACAAAUAAUAAAUUAUUAUUAUUAUUAUUAUUUUAUUUUACACCCCCCCCCAAAAAAAAGAACCACAUUUUAAAAGGGCAUAGACUACAUUUGUCAAGAAAGGCCAUUUACAGGCUUAGUCUAAAUUGAGAAAAGUCGGUGCCCCCUAAUCCCAGACCUGUGGCCAUGUUUCCUCGGUGGUUGUAUGAAAAGCACUCUGUUUAUGCUCAGAAGCUUUUCUUUCUGCAAAGAAAGAAGGGCCAAGCGGCUUGGGGUACCAGAAGCUAGUGACCACCUUGUUCCUCUCACAGGAGAGCUGUGAUCAUGGAGGCUUAUCAGCGGGCGAAGCAGAGUCGCGAGGAGCAAGAAAUGCCGGUAAGAAACCACCGUAUCUUAUUGAACUGUGUGUAGGAGUUGGAAGGGAGUCCAGAGGGUCAUGGAGGGCAACCCCUUUGUUCUCCUCGUGGCACCACCACACCAGACAACUGGGUUUGAAGCCUGGAAAAUUUGGGGCAGGUAAAAGAACAUCAUGUGGCAGAAUUGAACUACGGAACUCCCUGCCACUUGAGGCAGUGAUGGCCACGGACUUGGAUGGCUUUAAAAGAGGAUGGGGCAAAUCCAUGGAGGAGGAGAGGCUCUUGGUGGCUCCUAGCCAGGAUGGCUCUGCUCUCUGUUCCCAUAACCUGGGGAGAAAACAGCAAAGACCUGAUGAAGAGAGCACAGCAGAGGUUAUAUUUUCUGAGAAUCCUCUGGAAAAAUAAUCUCUCAUAGGACCUGUUGAUGGCAUUUUACCAUUGUACUGUGGAGAGUGUAUUAACUUACGGUCUGUGUGUGUGGUUUGGGAGCUGCACGGUCAGGGGAAAAACAAUGCUGUCCAGGGUUGUCAAGACUGUGGAGAGAAGAAUUGGGUGCACUCUUCCCACCUUGGAUCUAAUCUCUGCUUCCAGGUGUCAUAAGAAAGCUGCAGAGAUAGCGCAGGAUAGUGCGCACCCCGGAAAUGAUCUCUUUCAGCUUCUGCCUUCUGGAAGAAGGUACAGGGUUAUAAAGACUAGGACUAGCCGCCUGAGAAACAGUUUCUAUCCAAAUGCGAUUUUGGUUCUAAACACAGUGUAAGGAGUCUCUAUGGGAGUAUAUUGUAUUUUUAAAAUGGGGUAUCAGAGUUUUUAGGGGGCUAACCAGGUUGGGAUAGCUGGGUUUGUUGUUGGUUUUUGAAUGUCUUGUGUAGAUUUUUCAGUUUCGUUGGUCUGUAUGGGACAAUGACAAUAAAGAUUAUCGUAUUGUAUCAUAUAGUGAGAGGCAGCAAUGCUUCUGAAUCCCAGUUGCUGGAAUCCCCGGGGGGGGGAGUUUGCUCUUGGGGUCAGAUCCUGCUUGUUGGUUUCCUGGUUGGCCAUUGUAAGAACAGGCUGCUGCGACCAUUGGCCUGAUCCAGAGGCUGCUCUUCUGAUAUUCUUCUGCUCUGUGCCUUCCUGCCUCCUGGUUAUCGAUUCUACAAGCUUAAAGCAGUUUCAGAACAGCCUAACCAACCUGCUAAGCUGCCCCAAAUAAACUUUUGGGAACUUGUGAAAAGUGUGGCGGAGGCUGCUUUUCAGCUGGACUGGCUGGUUCAUUUGAUUCGACUUUAUUUAAAUAUUUAAUUUAUAUAUUGCUCAAAGCCACCGAUUCCCAAGUUUCCAGAAAAUACGAUCGAUUGAAACGAACUUUGGCUGCUCGCAUUCCGACACAAUUUCCCACACUGUUUCUGCUCAUGGUGCUCCAACCAAGUUCUUACUUCUCCCUGCCCUUCUUCGUUUCAGGCCCCCAGUGCGAAUGCUGCCUCGGAUUGA